AUUAUUUAACACGCUGUAAAAUAGUAGUGAACAGCACGAGCGUAAUUUCAUUUCCAUUUCUCUUCACUUUCAAUAGCGGUAACUCCGACAAAUUGAAACGCUAACACAGUUCUUCGGCAACUUCUGCGUACGCUCAUUUAAUGAUCAAUUUAUGACUCUUCUUAAAUUUUUAUUAAUUUAUGUUUGCCAGAACUUGUGUUACUUUGCAAGUGAUUAAUUUUAUUUAACAAUAAAAAUAAUGGAUUGAAAUACUUAAAAAAUUAAUUAAAACCAGUACCUACUGAGGCGCUCAACAGGUCCACGGAGCUAAUCAAAUUUUAACAAUAUGACACACUUGGCUACACUCGCACUCCUUGCAGCCCUAGUUGAUCAUUCGUUCUCUGCUAACAUCCUGAUGAUCACUUUGGGAGGAACCAAGUCUCAUAAAAUUCCCUUCUGGGAGUUGGCUCGUGGGUUAAUUCCCCGUGGACACAAUGUAACCUUUAUUAACGCCUUUCCUGCCGAUUUCGUCAUGCCCGGGUUAGAAGAAAUAACACCACCGGGGCUGGUGUUCUACGUCAGGAAUUUUACGGAUUGGGAUUUGGUCGGAUCCAGAAUGCGGGGUGAGGAACCUGUACAUCCUUUGGACAUGCUCAGAUAUGGGUACCAGGUAUGUGAUGAGCUUUUGUCAGACUCCGAAACAAAAGACUUCCUAUACUCUCAUCUCAACUUCGAUCUUUUAAUAUUGGAUGGAGCCUAUCCUGAAUGCGCUGUUGGAUUCGUUCAUCAUUUUAAAGCACCAUUUAUGUACAUAAAUACAGUCGGAUUUUACACAGGAUCUUUAUCCGUAGCGGGAAAUCCGACCCUUUACUCUGUUACACCAUUCUUGGCACGUCCCUAUACCGAUACGAUGAAUAUAUUCCAAAGGACCUCAAAUACUGUGUUUCACCUUAUGGCUAAUUUAAUGCACUCUUUUAUGGUACGAUUUGCUUUGCAACAAAUACUGCGCAGCCAUUUUGGAGACGACGUUCCUGCGAUUUAUGACACCUCGAAGAACGUCAGCUUUAUUUUGCAGAACGCUUAUGCUACGAUUACGUAUCCUAGGCCGUAUCUGCCGAACGUGGCUGAAAUUGCUUGUAUACAUUGCAAGCAAACAAAACCAUUACCUUCGGAUUUGGAAGAAUUUAUAAGUGGCAGUGGUGAUGCAGGAUUUAUUUAUGUGAGUAUGGGAUCUUCAGUGAAAGCUGCUAACAUGCCCGAGUACCUAAGAAGGCUGUUUCUAAGAGUUUUCCAGCAGUUACCGCAAAGGGUUUUAUGGAAAUGGGAAGCGGGAGACGACAUGCCCGAUUUGCCACCAAAUGUCAAGUUAGGAAAAUGGUUACCGCAACAGGAUCUUUUAGGUCACCGCAAAAUCAGAGCGUUCGUAACGCACGGCGGUUUAUUGAGUAUGUUCGAAACGGUGUAUCACGGGGUGCCGAUCGUGAGCCUGCCGGUUUUUUGUGAUCACGAUUCAAACGCGGCCAAGGCAGCUUUGGAUGGUUACGCGAUUAAGUUAGAUUUACCUUCAAUUAGUGUAGAUUCAUUACUGGUCGCUAUAAAAGAAGUAAUUUACAAUCCCAAAUAUAAAGAAGAAGUGAAGAAGAGACAAAUACUAUUAAAAGAUCAGAAAGAAACGCCGCUAGAGAGGGCGGUGUUUUGGACGGAAUAUGUUUUGAGGCAUCGAGGCGCUAAGCAUUUACAAUCAAACCUGAAAGACCUCAAUACAUUUCAAUAUUACAUAGUUGAUGUUAUGCUUGUUAUAUUGUUAUCUUGUUUGUUGUUUUUGUUCGUUUGUAGAGUUGUUUUAUCAUUGUUGAUAGCAGUCCUAAGUGGCAAUAUUAGUUUAAAGGUCUUUAAAAAGACAAUAAAAAUAGAAUAGACUUUAUGUUAGGUUUAUAAUACAUUUUAAGAUAUUUGAACCAUAA